AUGCACCUAGGCAUGAAGGCUGCUUCUACAAAUAUUUGUGAAAGAAUGGGUCGCUCUCAGGAACUCAUUACAUUCAAGCGUGGUACUGUGAUAGGUUACCGCCUGUGCAAUAAUUCCAUCCAUGAAAUUUCCUUGCUAUUAAACAUUCCACAGUCAACUGUCAGUGGUAUUAUAACAAAGUGGAAGCAACUGGGAACAACAGCAACUCAUCCACCAAGUGGUAGGCCACGUAAAAUGACAGAGCAGGGUCAGCCCAUGCUGAAGCACACAGUGCACAGAAAUCUUCAAGAGACUACAGAGUCAAUAGCUAAAGACCUCCAAACUUUGUGAGGCCUUCAGAUUAGCACAACAGUGCAUAAAGAGCUUCAUGGAACUGGUUUCCAUGGCCAAGCAGCUGCAUCCAAGCCUUACAUCACCAAGUGCAAUGCAAAUCAUCAGGUGCAGUGGUGUAAAGCGUGCCACCAUUUGAUGGACAUGAGAAUGGUACUUGCCUGACUGCAUUGUGCCAAGUGUAAAGUUU